AUGGAUUUCAACACCGCGCCACCACCGUCCAUGGAGACCGACGCCGAUGCCGACGCCAUGCAAACCAAAACCGAAGUCGCCCACGCCCACGCCAACGACAAGAACAACAAGCAAACCCCCCCAGCGGCGCCGUCACAAAAGCCCUCCCGCCAGCAGCGCAAGAAGAAGAAGAAGAAGUCCAGGAUCCUGAAGCCCGACUACGUCGACGGGGACACGGCCUUCAUGCGCCUCGCGACGGACGUCAAGUAUGGGCAGUUCGCGCGCGACGUGCACAGCCUGAACGGCGAGCGCUUCGUCACGCGCAUGCAGAUGCGGCAGGUGUGGCAGAGCACCGUGCGCCAGGCGCAUCACCGCUGGGCGAGGGACAAGUACGAUGCGCCUGACUCGGCCAAGGAGAGGGCGUUUGGGGGCCGGUUGUUGGAGGAGGCACUGGCGCAGGCGGAUGGUUACGAGGGCUUUGAUCUGGAUGCGUAUUGGGACCUUCAGGGCGCGAUGCGUGAGAUGGACGCCUUGUCAAUGACAGCAGACCGCGGUGCUAAGUUGGUCACGGGGUGCGAGAAGCUCAUCGCAGAGCGGCUGAUGAAGUUGCGGGUGGAUUUGGUGAAGCGGACAAGAGCUGCUCGUAAGGCAGAGAAGAGGCUGCAGAAUUUCGUUACCAAGCGGGAGACGACGCUGAAGACCGAGCCUGGCCCAGAUGUGGAAAUGCAGUAA